GUAUCAAAGAUCGUAUUGACUGACGUCGUGUCAGCCAUAUUCGACUGUAAUUCUCUACAAUAUCAAAGAUCUUGGUGUUUCCGAGCAUUAUAAGUGUGCAACUUAAAUUUAAAAAGUUUUUUAGAAUUGAAAUAAGUGAUGGCUGGGAAUGAAUGGAUUAAUGGAUAUCUUGAGGCAAUAUUAUCAACUGGGGCAUCAACAAUUGAAGAGCAAAAGCCACCACAAGCAGCUCUUAGAGAUGGAGGUCAUUUCAAUCCAACAAAGUAUUUUGUGGAAGAAGUGGUGGCAAGUGUUGAUGAAUCUGAUUUAUAUCGCACUUGGGUUAAGGUGGUUGCCACAAGGAACACAAGGGAAAGAAGUUCAAGGUUGGAGAACAUGUGUUGGCGCAUUUGGCAUCUUGCAAGAAAGAAGAAACAGUUGGAAAAGGAGGAAGUUCAGAGAGUGGCGAACCGAAGAUGGGAGAGAGAACAAGUACGAAGGGAUGCAACAGAGGACAUGUCAGAAGAAUUAUCAGAAGGAGAAAAAAUUGACAAUGUUGUGGAGAUAGUGCAAUGUGAUACUCCAAGAAAAAGAUUCCAGCGGCAAAUUUCUAACUUGGAAGUAUGGUCUGAUGAUAAAAAUGAAAAGAAACUUUAUAUUGUUCUUAUAAGUUUGCAUGGAUUGGUUAGGGGAGAAAACAUGGAGCUUGGUCGAGAUUCUGACACUGGUGGACAGAUCAAAUAUGUGGUAGAACUUGCUCGUGCGCUGGCGAAAAUGCCUGGAGUAUAUAGAGUUGAUUUGUUUACACGGCAAGUUUCAUCGCCAGAAGUUGAUUGGAGCUACGGAGAACCUACAGAAAUGCUGACUGCGGGUGCAGACGACGACGAAGGCAUUGGGGAGAGCAGUGGUGCAUAUAUCAUAAGAAUACCAUUCGGUCCGCGAGAUAAAUACCUACCGAAAGAACUUCUUUGGCCAUAUAUUCAAGAAUUUGUUGACGGAGCAUUGACACAUAUUCUCAAUAUGUCAAAAGCAUUGGGCGAACAAGUCGGUGGAGGUCAACCUGUUUGGCCAUAUGUAAUUCAUGGACAUUACGCCGAUGCUGGAGAUAGUGCUGCUAUUCUAUCAGGCGCUUUAAAUGUACCUAUGGUUCUGACCGGUCAUUCCCUUGGAAGAAACAAGCUCGAACAACUUCUUAAGCAAGGACGCCAAUCGAAGGAGGAUAUCAAUUCAACUUAUAAGAUGAUGAGAAGGAUAGAAGCAGAAGAACUUUCUCUUGAUGCUGCAGAACUUGUUAUCACUAGUACAAAACAAGAAAUUGAGGAGCAAUGGGGACUUUAUGAUGGAUUUGAUGUCAAGCUUGAGAAAGUAUUGCGUGCUCGUGCUAGACGUGGUGUCAACUGUCAUGGUCGAUUCAUGCCAAGGAUGGCGGUUAUCCCACCAGGUAUGGAUUUCAGCAAUGUUGUGAUACAAGAAGAUUGCCCUGAUGUCGAUGGAGAGCUUGCUCAACUAACUGGUGGUGGUGUUGAAGGGUCAUCACCGAAAGCUAUGCCUCCAAUUUGGUCAGAAGUAAUGCGUUUCUUUACAAAUCCUCACAAACCUGUGAUCUUGGCAUUAUCAAGGGCAGAUCCAAAGAAGAACUUAACCACUCUUUUAAAAGCAUUUGGCGAAAGUCGUCCCUUAAGAGAACUUGCCAACCUUAUGCUCAUAAUGGGAAAUAGGGAUGACAUAGAUGAGAUGUCUGCUGGGAAUGCCAGUGUGCUUGUAACAGUGUUGAAAUUGAUUGAUAAGUAUGACCUCUAUGGACAAGUCGCGUACCCUAAACAUCACAAGCAGUCGGAUGUUCCGGACAUAUAUCGGUAUUCGGCAAAAACAAAGGGUGUUUUUAUAAAUCCUGCAUUAGUAGAACCUUUUGGUCUUACUUUAAUUGAGGCAGCAGCACAUGGCCUUCCAAUGGUGGCCACUAAAAAUGGGGGACCUGUAGAUAUUCAUCGGGCUCUCAAUAACGGUUUACUUGUCGACCCUCAUGAUCAACAAGCAAUUACUGAUGCACUGCUCAAGUUGUUGUCAGAGAAAAACCUGUGGCAUGAAUGCAGGAAAAACGGUUGGAAGAAUAUACACCUAUUCUCGUGGCCCGAACACUGUCGCACUUAUUUGACUCGUGUCGCGGCUUGCAGAAUGAGGCAUCCACAAUGGCAAACUAAUACUCCAGGGGACGAUAUAACUGUUGACCAGUCUUUCAAUGAUUCACUUAAAGAUGUGCAGGACAUGUCCCUUAGGCUCUCUAUUGAUGGUGACUUGGCCGGAGCAAGUGGUGGGGCCGAUACGCAAGAUCAAGUUAAGAGGGUACUAAGCAAGAUGAAGAAGUCAGAUUCUGGUGGUUUGAAUGACUUUGCUGACAGUGUACCAGGAAAGUAUCCUCUAUUGAGAAGACGGCGUCGGUUGAUUGUUAUAGCGGUGGAUUUGUAUGAUGAUAAUGGAAAUCCUAGUAAAGAUAUGAUCCAAAUAGUUCAAAGAAUCAUUAAAGCUGUUCAAAUAGACCCUCAAACGGCAAGAGUUACGGGAUUCGCUUUAUCGACGGCUAUGCCGAUGCUACAAACAAUAGAGUUCCUUAAAUCUGGAAACAUUCAAGUAAAUGAUUUUGAUGCUUUAAUUUGCAGUAGUGGGAGUGAACUUUACUAUCCCGGUACUGGUACUUAUACCGAAGAUGGAAAACUUGUUCCAGAUCCGGAUUAUACGGCACAUAUUGAUUAUCGUUGGGGUUGCGAAGGUCUUAAGAAAACCAUUUGGCAUCUUAUGAAUACUGCUGAAGGUGAAGAAAAAUCUUCCAGCCCUAUUGAUGAAGAUUUGAAAUCAAGUAAUGCACAUUGCUACUCUUACAAAAUAAAUGAUCUUAGUAAGGCAAAGAGAGUUGAUGACUUGAGGCAGAAGCUUCGAAUGCGAGGUUUACGAUGUCAUCCUAUGUACUGCAGACGUUUAUCAUAUAUGCAGGUUAUUCCAUUCCUUGCAUCUAGAGCACAGGCACUCAGGUAUCUCUUCGUCCGUUGGAGACUGAAUGUUGCAAACAUGUAUGUGAUUCUUGGAGAAACUGGGGACAGUGAUUAUGAGGAAUUGAUUUCUGGAACACACAAGACAAUAAUCAUGAAAGGGAUAGUGUCUAAAGGAUCAGAAGAAAAACUUAGAAGUCCAGGAAGCUACCAAAGAAAUGAUAUUGUACCAGAUGAGAGUCCUCUUGUUGAAUGUAUUAGUGAAAUAACUGAGGAAAAUAUUGCUAAUGUUUUGAAGAAACUAUCUAAAUCUCAAGGGUGAUAAUUAAUGUCAAGUGCUAAAGUAAAUUAUUAAAGUUAUGUGUAAUUUUCUUAUAUUUUGGUUUAUUAUUACAUUUUGUAAAAAGAAUAAAAAUAUAUAGUACUAUGAUA